CGGCCGGCGGUCCCUCCUGAUCCAUUAGCUGAAACCCGGGUACGUCUGACGGACUCUCGUUGUACCAUUUGCUCGACGCCUCUAUCGUACAGUCCUUUUGUGUCCGCUUUGAAUCCAAGUCUCUGGUCAAAUGUGUCUCCUCUCUUCCACCGACUACUUCCGUGGGAUUAUUGCUUUCCGACAAUUCCGUUCAAGGUCUCUGUCUCAGUCAGUCUAGAGCCAACUACGUAAAAUCCCCUUUUGAUUGUAUUAUAUGUGGCGAGAUACUAUGUAUUAUAGUAGACGAUGCCUCCGACUGGAUUUUUUUUUUAGGGGCAAAAGGCCUUUGCUAAGUCGCAGUUGCGGCGAGGCCGUGGUCAACGUAGCCUCACAACUCAGCUCUGGAUGUCGCCGUACUGAGAAGUAUCCAACCCAUCUGAGUUGUGAUGCUCUUCAGCACUGCUGCACAUUAUUGUAUUCGGUAAGCAGAGGAAUCGCAAAUGUUGCUGCCAAAAGAAGAUUCCGAGAUGGAUAUGUUCGCCUCGCUACCUCACCAUGCCUGGUCCUGGGAAAUGGUUAUUUAAUACAUUUGUGCGGAAUCUCCGAAUUCAGUUUGGGAAAAGGCCGAGCUAGUUUCGUCCGUGUCAAGUUCUCGAGGUCCGAAGCUGAUCGUCAUGUGGAAAGAUUGGGUUUGGACACCUUGAGUCUCCCAAUCUCUCACUCCUGCCCCUGUUUAAGUCCAUUCUCAACGCCCAGAUUAGAUCGACUCCCAUCGUUACCCAAGUCGAACUCUACCCUAGUCUUCCCACCCUGCUCACCUACUACGCUCCUACAUCUUCUACUCCCCGCGCUGCUUUGCUUUGCUUCGCACUUCAUUCUGACAUAAUCAGUCCUCCAAUGUCGGAUGGCUACGGCAGCCAAGCCAAGCUAAGCCAAGCCAAGCCAGAUAGAAAUUGAAAAGGAAACUCCCGGACUCCGCCUAGUGCUGCCGUAGUCUUCGAUCCGCCCGCUAGCCACGGUGCACAGUGCGUUUCAGUCGAACGAUUAUCGGAGCAAUUGAGUGCAUACGAUUCCGAAGACAAGGUCGUCCCUGCUGCUGCAAUUCGGAGAAUGUCUUCCACGGAACAUGCUCGCAGAAAUUGCCUUAAACAUCUCGUCAGUCCUCGUCUCUCGAGCUCGUGAGGAGCUCCUCGCCGGGGAGAGAUUCUUCUGACUACGGUAACACACACUCGCUUCAGAAUCAACGGUCAAUGCCUGGAAAAUGUCCUCGACACGAAGUGAGGAGUGGAAUGUUUGUCCAUGAAAGCGAAGACUCGGGUACACAUCAAAAGCUCGACAGACGUCAUCGAUACAGGCUACAGACUCUGGACCCAGCAACGUUCGCAAACCCUGCUCCUCUUCUCCGUUGGCAUUGAAAUCUCCAGGAAGUAGUUUCGGUUGAUGGACAAUUGAAAGGACAAGCCUCACGGGAGAGGUGGGACGAGCCAGUCAGAUGACUUUCUCAUUUUCCAAAAAUGCUCUCGGUUUCGCUCACGAUCGAUUAUAAAUAAUCUUCUAACGAGGACAAUAGUCCAGUGAUGUUAGUCUUGUCCUUUCUUUCCUCCAGCAAUUUCUAAAUGAUUUUAGAACAUGUGCUUUAAUUUGAAACUUAGUCACUCGUGGCUGAAUUGCUAC